AUGAUUUACCUUAAAGGUGCGCUUUGCAAGCAAUUCACUGCCUUCUUUAACCUUAACCAUAAAGAUAGUCUAACCACAAUAGAGCUCCAGGCCUUGGCAGGCAGGGCAUAUAAGUCUGAUGAUAAACCUAUUACUAAGGAGGAGAGCAAUGAGCAGGAAGUGUUUAAAGAUAUUAAGAACAUUAUAGAGUUUGAUUCAAACAAGGAGUUAAUAACUGUCACCUUCAGCCACACUUCCCUAGGUGAUUUCUUCCGCAAUAUAAAUGAGGGCAAGGUCUCUGCCGUAAAGGACAGACUACCUACUAGAGUCAUCUAUAAUGAUGCCAAAGCCCAUGUCCUCAAGAUAUGCCUUAAGGUUCUCACUAAUACUGAAUUUUCUGAGAAACCUAAGGACCCUAGCGUCAUGCUAAACUAUGCUACAAGUAAUUAG